AUGUCUGCAACAGAAGUUGAGUGCGAGAGAGAAUUUUCGUUUGUAACAAAUUUAUUCGAUAUUCAUGCAACACGUGCUUCUGCUCAACUAAUUGAGAACAAGAUGAAGGGUAGUUAUAUGAAAAGAUAUAAUCAACUCAAAGAAUACGCUACCACAAACAAUUUGCGAAGACCAUAUAAUUAUUCGGAAUUGUUCGAACGUUAUGAUUCUGUAAAUUGA